AGAGAUUUUAAAACAUUGUCCUUCUCAGUAAUGGCGGCUACGUUCCCUUCGCCUUCGCUAAAUAACAAUAAAUGGUACUUCACGCGCGAACAAAUCGAAAACAGCCCAUCUCGCCGAGCGGGACUUGAUCCCGACAAAGAGCUCUCGUACCGACAGCAAGCUGCUAACCUGCUGCAGGACAUGGGACAGCGGCUCAACGUGUCACAACUUACAAUUAACACUGCCAUUGUGUAUAUGCAUCGGUUCUACAUGAUCCAGUCCUUCACCCGCUUCCACCGAAAUGUGAUUGCUCCUGCAGCUCUCUUUUUAGCUGCGAAGGUGGAAGAACAGCCUCGCAAGCUGGAGCAUGUGAUUAAGGUGACCCAUGCGUGUCUCAAUCCUCAGGACCCGUCUCCAGACACCAGGAGUGAUACAUACCUGCAACAAGCCCAAGACCUGGUCAUUCUUGAGAGCAUUAUACUCCAGACCCUGGCUUUUGAGAUCACCAUUGAUCAUCCUCAUACACAUGUUGUCAAGUGUACACAGCUUGUGCGAGGUGAGAACCAGCUGCUCACUGUAAACUGUCCUUCGUAUUGCUCGGUAAUGAGUACUUCUAGCCCACCAAGCUCACAGAUUUCACAUCUGAUCACGAGCUUUCCUUUUGUUCCAGCGAGUAAGGAUUUGGCUCAAACCUCAUAUUUCAUGGCAACAAACAGUCUCCACUUGACUACAUUCUGCCUACAGUACAGUCCGCCCAUUGUAGCUUGUGUUUGUAUUCAUUUGGCCUGUAAAUGGUCCAACUGGGAGAUUCCGGUUUCCACAGACGGCAAACACUGGUGGGAGUAUGUUGACCCCACAGUGACCCUUGAGCUGUUGGAUGAGCUCACUCAUGAGUUCCUGCAGAUCUUGGAGAAGACGCCCAGCCGCUUAAAACGCAUAAGAAACUGGAAAGCUGCAGGUCAAACUGCCAAGAAAUCAAAGGUGCAAGAUGGUGAUCAGUCAGAAGCCAUUAUGAACAUGAUCUCCAUGGCAUCUUCUGACACCACGUUGGCGGGACUGAUGAGCCUCUCCGCUCCUCCCUCCGGUUCUUCCAUGGACUCCUCAGCAGAUGAUCCCAGCGCUGCAGCCUCAUCCCAACACUGGCAGCCUUCCGGCAAGGAGCAGCCCACUGCUAACGAACUCCACGCGCCUGCUAAGGUCUCUCUGAGUGAGUAUCGGGCCAAGCACGCGGAUGAACUGGCGGCGCAGAAGCGGAAGUUGGAGAACAUGGAGGCAAGUGUGAAACAGGGAUACGCCACUGCCGCACAGGCCCUCAUGAACCAGCAGAGGAAAGAGAAGCACCAUCACCACCAGCAGCCCAGCUCUAGUUCCUCAGACCUGAGCAACCCCUCACCUAUCGUCCUGAAGAUCCCACUGGAUGAGCGAGAACGCAGUUCCAUAAAGACGCGCUUCCCCGUGCGGGGCCAAUCAGACGGCGGGGGGCACAGCAGCGGGGGGCACAGCAGCAGUAGCAGCAGUCGUGGAUCCGAGCAGGACAUUAAAGUGCGGAUUCGGGUUCCAGAAAGGCGAAGUGGGUCCGGAGAAGACGGGAAAAGUCGCGAGAAGCACAGAGAUCGGUCCAACCACCACCACCAUCAUCACCAUCACCACCACCACUCCUCCUCUUCCACCACCGGCUCUUUAUCUGCAUCGUCUUCCUCAUCCUCAGCACAAAAACACUCAAGUUCUGCCAGCACCUCAGGAAGUAGCAAAAAGGUCCCUGGUGACAAUGUGCGAACAAGCUCUUCGUCAUCGUCGUCUCGAAAAAGGACCCACUUGCCAGAUCCUUCCACCGGCACCCACCCCUCGAAAGUCAGCAAAUCGUCCAGAAACUCUUUUCAGUUGCCGACGCUUUCCGGAGUGCCCUCCCACGCGAUGGGGCACGGGUCUGACAUCCUGAGCCUCUCGCACCAUCAGGGAAACUAUUCGCACUCCAAGGCGGACAAAGCCGACACGAAUGGCCACAAUACGGGCGGCCAGUCCAACGAGUAUCAGGACACAUUUGACAUGUUGAACUCGCUGCUCAGCGCGCAAGGGGUGCAGCCGGCGCAACCUCAGAUAUUUGACUAUCGCUCUCAGUACGGAGAGUACCGGUAUAGCAGUAGCGCUCGCGGAGGAACCCAGCCGCCACCUUUACCCUCAGAACCACCUCCACCUCUGCCACCCUUGCCCAAAUAAACCCUUUCAUCCCCCCUCCCCACCAUUCGUCCGUCCACAUACACUGAUCAGAUCAGUCGUCUUUGGGAGUCCGGGGUUCCUAACUUUCUGUGAUGUUGAGUUUGACAGCAGAGUAAUGUAAGGCAGAAAAUGUACCUGUAUCGUUUUUGUGCGGUUGUGUGCGAGCGAGUGUGUUCACAACACCCAUCUGUGGCAAUAAUGUUAAAAUAGAACAAAAUAUUGCAAAAAAAAGGCAAAAAAUGUUAUUUAUUGAAAAAAAGAUUGUACAUACUAUUUUUGAUGUCACUCAGUUUUAUAUCGGCGCUAACAGAAAAACAUAAUGGAAUUAAGGGUAUGUAUUACAGAAUGAGAGGGACCCAUUGUCCUCUUUAAAAAGUGUAACCUUGAAUGCAAAAAGGAAAAUGUUUUUGGUUUAUGUAUGGAUUUAAGUCUUGCUAACAAUAUAUGUGUCUUUUUUAUUGAUUAUGGUAUUUAUUAUUAGCCUUUUAAAACCAUAGUUAUUAGCAGUCGUUGCUUGAAUGCAUCAGGUGAUAUCUGGAUUUUAUUUUUAUACUGUUGUAACCUGCUUCCCAGUCUGUAUUUACUUGAUCGAUACGUCAUGUAUGUUUUGAGAAUGAACAUACGAAUCCCCAAUAUUUGCAUCACAAUGUAUGUUUCUAAUAUACGAGUAGUAACUGAAGUAACAUUUUGAUUUUGUUUGGUAAGUAUUUGUGGUCUUUUUUUUGUUUGUAACUUUCAGCUUUGUAUUCUGUAAAUGACUGAAAAUUGACAAAUUAUUUUUACAAGUUUUUUUCCCCAAAAAAACAAGGAUAUGCCUAAUUUGGGAAAGUAUGUCUGGUAAACCUACAAUUCAGAGGCAGAUGCAGUCAUUGUUUUAAAUGGUUGUAGAAUAUCAUGCUCAUUUAUAAUACACUAUACACAACAGUA